GGAGCAGUUCUGUACAGCAGUACCGAUGUUUAAUUUUAUUAGGAUUGACACAUUUUCAUUUCAAUUAUUUUUUUCUAAUUGCAUGUUGGGCACUAUCAACAUUUACCUUUUACAUAAGCUGUACUUUAUCUGUUUAAGGUAAGUAGCAAGGGAACGUACAGCAUUUGUGUGUCACAUAGAUUCAUAAGAUAACUGUUUUCUGAGCAAAUUUAGCGUUUUAUUUCCACUGCUUUGAACAAACAGUGUUUUCUUUCCGUACGGUCGCUACUUGUGUAUAAAACACUCAAAUAGUUUCGAGAUGUCCCAUUUGUAGCAGGACAUUUUUCCCAUAAUACAAUGCAGGCAAACAAAUAUAGAUUGAAGAUGGCGGCUGACAGUGACCCCGAGUCGGACGUGUUUGAAAUCACGGACUUCACCACCGCCUCGGGAUGGGAAAGGUUUGUUUCAAAGGUAGAGGAAGUGCUGAAUGAUUGGAAACUGAUUGGAAGUAGCGUGCACAAACCUCUGGAGAAGGGCGAAUAUAACAGUGGCACCUGGGAAGAAAAGACAGAAGAAAUUUCCUUUGCAGACUACAAAUUCACAGUAACGCAUCACUAUUUAAAAGAAGAGUCACCCGACGGGGAAGAAAAAGAGGAACCAGAGGAAGAUGCAUUCCCUGCAGCUAUGCAAGAUUUGCUGUGCAUGAACAAUGAUUUUCCACCCAGAGCUCACUGUUUAGUCAGAUGGUAUGGGGUGCGUGAGUUUGUUGUAAUUUCUCCAGGAGCCAACAAUGAUGCAAUCAUCAGUGAAUCAAAGUGUAAUCUGCUGUUAAGUUCUGUGUCAAUUGCCUUGGGGAACACAGGCAGCCAGGUACCACUGUUUGUACAAAUCCAGCAGAAGUGGCGACGGAUGUAUGCUGGUGAAUGUCAGGGUCCUGGGGUCCGCACUGACUUUGAAAUGGUCCACCUUCGCAAAGUGCCAAACCAGUACAAUCACCUGUCGGGACUGCUGGAUAUCUUCAAGUCAAAGAUCGGUUGCCCGUUGACUCCCAUACCCCCCAUCAAUAUAGCAAUCCGGUUCACAUACAUCCUUCAGGACUGGCAGCAAUAUUCCUGGCCCCAGCAACCUCCAGACUUUGAUGCACUUCUGGGAGGGGAAGUUGGAGGAGUGGAAUUUGGGAAGCUGCCAUUUGGAGCCUGUGAGGAUCCUAUUAGUGAACUUCACUUAGCCACAACUUGGCCUCACCUGACUGAAGGCAUUAUUGUUGAUAAUGACGUUUAUUCCGAUUUAGAUCCUGUUCAGGCUCCUCAUUGGUCGGUGAGAGUGAGAAAAGCAGAUAACCCUCAGUGCCUGUUGGGUGAUUUCCUUAGUGAAUUCUUUAAACUCUGUUGUCGGAAGGAGUCUACUGAGGAAAUUCUAGGAAGGUCACCUUUGGAGGAAGAGGGAAAAGAGAAUGCGGAUAUUAGUCAAGCCUUGUCCAAACUGACUGAGCCAACCACUGUUCCCAUUCAUAAACUGUCCGUGUCCAGCAUGGUUCACAGUGCACGGAAAAGGAUGCGCAGACAUCGGCGUGUGGAGGAGUCACCACUCAGUAACGAGGUCCUUAAUUCAAUUUUAUUGUACCUUUUCCCAGAUGCAGCUGAAAAACCAUCCAAUGGAUCUGAAGCAAAACCUGGUGCAUCUAAUGCAAACAGCCCACCUGAAAAAGAACCUGAGAACUAUAACCUGUACAACCAGUUCAAGUCCUCUCCUGCUGACAGUCUUACCUACAAACUGUCCCUCUGUCUCUGCAUGGUCAACUUCUAUCACGGAGGAGUUAAGGGGGUGGUACAGCUCUGGCAGGAGUUUGUGUUGGAAAUGCGUUACAGAUGGGAAAACAAUUAUCUCGUGCCAGGGUUAGCCAGUGGACCUCCUGAUCUAAGAUGCUGCUUAUUGCACCAGAAGCUGCAGAUGUUAAACUGUUGCAUUGAGAGGAAGAAAGCCAGAGACAAUGGGAAGAGACCAAGCCCCUUGGACAGUUCUGCUGGCAGUGCGGGAGAGAGGAAGGCGUCCGGCAGUGACAAUGGGAAGGCCGCACAGAAUUCCUCGGGGACUGAGGACCGGAGAGAGAGAGGAGAGGCCAACCAGGGGAAGUCCUGGGAAUCCUGGAGUGACAGUGAGGAAGAGUUCUUCGAGUGCCUCAGUGACACAGAGGAGAUGAAAGAAAACACACAGGACAAUGAAAAGAAGGAGGGACCUCCAAAAGAAAAUAAAGGGUCACCAAGGCUGAAAGCUGAAGGCCGUCUGCGUCCGCAUGGGAAACUGACCCUGCUGCAUUACAUUCAAGAGCCCUUGUAUAUCCCAGUAACACAAGAGCCGGCUCCAAUGACAGAGGAUUUGCUAGAAGAACAGUCGGAGGUGUUGGCCAAAUUAGGGACAUCGGCUGAAGGAGCACAUCUGCGAGCUCGAAUGCAGAGCGCCUGUCUACUUUCAGACAUGGAAUCCUUCAAGGCAGCUAACCCCGGUUGCUGUUUGGAAGACUUUGUGAGGUGGUACUCUCCCCGGGAUUAUGUUGAGGAGGAGGGGGAGCUGAGCGCCAGGAUGAAGAUACCUGGGAACAUGUGGGCGGAGGCCUGGGAGACGGCCAAGCCAGCCCCAGCACGCAGGCAAAGGAGGCUUUUCGAUGACACCAGGGAGGCGGAAAAGGUUCUGCAUUAUUUAGCUGUUCAGAAGCCUGCUGACCUUACAAGACAUUUAUUGCCCUGCAUUAUCCAUGCUGCCAUUCUCAAAGAGAAAGAGGAAGAAUCGACAGAAGAUAUUGCUUCUGUAAAAAAAGGAAUUCUGCAGAUAAUCUCUAAUGCCAGCAAGCUUUUACGUCAUCCCAACCCGGAUUAUAAGAAACUGGAGGAAAUUAUUAACCAGAUAAUGGCUGUGGAAACCAUUAUUGCCAGGGCUCGGUCUCUAAAAGCAAAGUUUGGGAUCAGUAAAUGCGAAAACAUUGAGGAAAGGGAGGAUCUGGAAAGGUUUGUGAAUUCUUUGCUGGAGGAACCAGAGGUAUCAGUGGUUGGAGCAGGAAGAGGGCCAGCCGGAAGCAUUAUUCACAAUUUAUUUGUCAGUGCUCAGAGGCUGGCUGAAUCUACUGAUGAGGCUGCCUUGAUGACCCUUAUGGAUGAGGAGUCUGUGAAGUCUGGCUCUCAGGAGGAACGGAGACAGAACUCAGGAGCCGUUUCGGAUUUUCCUCCUCCAGCUGGCCGUGAAAUAAUUCUGCGGACCGUAGUGCCCCGACCUGCUCCGUACUCUAAACCACUCCCUCAGCGCAUGUUCUGUGUGCUAAUGAAAGAAGAUUUCAGAUUGGCAGGGGCAUUUUCAUCCGAUACUUCAUUUUUCUGAUUUUUUUAUAUAUUUUUUCUCUCUUGGCAUUGAGUGUUGACGGUGAUUCUACCAAACCAUCCCCCCACCCCCUCACCCCUCACUUCCAAUUCUUUGUGGUGCAACUCUCAGCUUAAGGGUUAACAAAAUCCUUUCGCUGUCAGCUUUGAAACCUGUUGUGUUUACGUAGAACCCAUGCGUUACGCGAGUACUAAAUUAAUAAGGCAUAUUUCAUAAUGUACAGUAGCUGAAGUUUUGGUGAGCCACUUAACUCUUGUUUAUAAAAAAGUUUUGUUCCGAUGCAUAAUGUUUGGAGGCCAGCAAUUUAAGUUUUAGUACUAUUAUUUUUUUAUCACAAAUGCAUGCAUGUUGAAAUUAAGGCAGUUGUUUUCAUUAUAACUACAAAUGGGUGAAAGUGCAGUGAACUUACACAGAUUAUAUAUUGUAUAUGUAUAUCCCUCCAUAUUAAUAUAUACUGUAGAGCAAGUAGCAUGAUAUCAGUACAGUUUAUAUAACCUGUUAUGUAAAAUGCUAUUAAUUGCAGAGUAUUCUAUUUAAUAACCAUGUGGACAUGUCAUCAAGGUUGUUUUUUUUGCCAAAUUUGUAACUGUCAACAAAAAACUAUUUUGCUAAUUAAAUGUUUGACAAAUAAGUGUUUAGCAUUGAUAUAUGGGUAUUUUAAAGGUACUUUUAGCCUGAAAAUAAAAGCAUUCCUUCUUCCUACUGAGUACAAGUCCAUUUUUCUGUAAUGAAAUUGUGAUGGAAACUUGUUAUGCUCAUUAAUGUUUCUGCUAAUAUCUGAAUAAGGCAGAUUGGUAAAAGAGGGAGGGGACCUUAAGCAACAUCUUAAUUAUCCCCUGCUGGGAAUGAAAUCUUAUAUUUUUGCAUACAUCUGGAAAACUGCUUGUUAUGAAACUGGGUAUUAAGCUAUUUAGCAUACGUUAUUCAAGUAUCAUAUCCUGGGGAUAUAUGAAGGUGUAACACUCACAUUUUUGCAUAUAAAUGGAGAAUUACUAAAAUUGUUAUUAAAUAUUUCAUUGUUAAGUCUUAUUCUAUGCUAUUCUAUUGGUGCAAUCAUUUCAUCAUACUGAUCUCUCUCUCUAAUUUGAAUUUACAGCCAUGGCAGGGGAUGCCUGUUACUGACAUACGUGUUGGUCAUGCAGUAUAAUCCUAAGAAAUGAUCUUAAAUCUUGGCAAUAACAGGAUGUUUCUCAGAUCUAAUUCAAUAGUGUAAAUUAGGUCUCCACAUGAAUCUGAUUAGAAUUCUUCAAAUAUACCACGAGGAGAGUUGCCUUUCAGCAAGGCUAAUGCCCAUGUUCUCCCUUCCCAAUACAAUACUUUUAAGUCACCUCUGGCUAGACUACUGCACCAAGUUGUCCCAGCAUUCCUGUGCUCCAUAUCUGGACUCCUCCUGUUAUUGUCAGCCAGUUACUGUGGCUUUGUCUUUAAAUUGUUUGAGCUUUACAUAUUAUGUUUGAAUAAAUUGUAUAUUUUAA